AAAAAGAGCCGCUGCUCUGCGCGUGUGUUGUGUUGUGGUUGCUGCACGUUCUCCAUUGCUUUUGAAGGCCCGGGGGGGGGGGCCGGUGCUGGUGGGAGGCUCGGGAUUUUUCUUUUUUUUCCCCCGGCGCAUUCCACGCUUCCAAAGCUAAGCAGCCCCCUCCCGCUCUUCCUGGCGGCACGCGGAUUCGUGCGCUUUGGCCGGGUGCGUUUGGAGCACAAAGGGGGCCGAGAGCUCAGCGGGUUGCCUUCAAAAAGUUGCACAGAAGUCUGGCGGCGGCGGCGGCUGCAGAGUGUAUUGUGGGGAGAGCAACCGAAUGAAUUCCGGAUCUAAGAUAUAUGUGUGUGCCUGGUUCCCCCCCCCCAUCACCCUCCCCUGAAAAAGUUUUCAAAUUGCAAGUGCCGAACUGUCUGCUCCUCCGGCUGCUGCGCCCCGCACCUCUCCAAAGGUCAAGCGGUUAUGUCCUCCAUUUCGAGUAAUACGAUUUGUUACUUAAGUAACUUUUCCCGGGGUGGAGGAGGAGGAGGGUUGUGGCGGCGGCAGGAUUUAGAAGGAGGGAAGGACUCGCUCAGUUUAAGUUUGAGAUUUAAUAAUGGCUAUAAUUGGGGGGGAGGUUGUUGGAACUUUAAAAGGCAGCAAGCUGUGGUUGGCUGGUAGUUAGAUUUGAAGUAACAUAUGGCAUUAAAAGGGGCACAGCUGGAGGUUGCAUUUCCAUCGCAGUGAAGUCAGAGCAGCUGACUUUCCAGCUUGCGGUGUAAUUAGCAAACGGAGCACUCCCUCCCAUUCGCUCCUCGCUCCUCUCUUCCCCCCCCACUCUUUUUUCACACACAUACAAGCUUUCUUCCGUUACUGGCUAGCAGAAAACCCUUGCUCUUUCCAAUCCCUUGGGUGAUCACCCACUUGAAAAGGCAAGGAGGGGGGGAAAACAAAACAGAAACCCAAACCAGCUUGAGUUCUCCCAUAACUCUCUUUUUGGGGGGGCGUGGGGGGAGAGAGAAAGGAGACUGUCUUUUCCUUCUCCAAAUGAGCCCUUCAACCCCCUGCUCAGCAGCUGUUCAAGGUUAUGAAGGAAGAAUGGAGUUUCCAGACCAUAGCCGGCAGUUGCUGCAGUGUCUGAGUCAGCAGCGUCACCAGGGCUUCCUGUGUGACUGCACUGUUUUAGUUGGAGACACUCAGUUCCGAGCCCACAGAGCGGUCCUCGCCUCCUGCAGCAUGUACUUCCAUCUUUUCUACAGGGACCAGCUAGACAAAAGGGACAUUGUGCAUCUGAACAGUGACAUCGUCACCGCCCCGGCCUUCGGCUUGCUCCUUGAAUUCAUGUACCAAGGCAAGCUGGAGUUCAGCAGCCUCCCGGUCGAGGAUGUGCUCGCCGCAGCCAGCUAUCUGCACAUGUACGACAUUGUGAAAGUCUGCAAGGGCAAGCUGAAAGAUAAGGAAUUGUGCGUGGACGAGAAGACGAACGGCAGCGGAGGGGCCCAUUCGGAGAAGGAUGCUGGGGUCCUGGAUGACGGAGUACUACCCUUGGGGCAUGGCGAGUUCAGCUCCGGAGAGAAAUACAAAAUGAUUGCUGCAGAAUACGAACGUUCUGCUGGAAAGGAAAAGGGCAGCAGUUACCCAGGCUGGCCUCCCGAUCUUGUCGGCUCCGUGUUAGGCGAGGCAGAAUUGGAAACCGUGGCAGCUGAAAAAACAAGGGCGAACGUCAGCAGUUCGGUGGGACCUGCGUCCCAAAGACCUCCUCGCCACCCCUUGGCUUCGAGGGAGGCCGAGUGUGCUUUAGACCUGUCUUUCAAGCCCCUGGCAGGGCGGAAUGGCUUCCAGCCCUCCUACAUCUUCGGGCAGCUGGCUGCCGACGGGCCACCGCUGCAGGGGAGCGAGCCCUUUGUCAAAGACGAAGAAGAGUCUCUGUCGGAUGGGGAAGACGGUGAGGAGAGGGGCCUAGAAAGCCGGCGCUAUGGGAAUUCUGGCCAGAGCCUGGCUCUAGGGCUGGGGACCAUGUUUGUUGCCAGCAACGGGGACACUCCCGUGACCCCGGAGGAAGAUGUCGACCAGGAGCGGGAGGCAAGCGAGGACGACAUGGCCUCCUCCGACGUCUCGUCCUCGGGGGUCGUGGUGCCAGCCGGGCACAUUUGCAUCUGCCCGCUCUGCAGCAAAGUCUUCCCCAGCCCGCACGUCUUGCAGCUCCACCUCAGCUCCCACUUCCGAGACAAGGACGGCUCUCGGACCAGGCUCUCUCCGGACGGGUCGGUGCCCACCUGUACCCUGUGCGGCAAGACCUUCUCCUGCAUGUACACGCUGAAGAGGCACGAGAGGACUCACUCCGGGGAGAAGCCGUAUACCUGUGGCCAGUGCGGCAAGAGCUUCCAGUACUCCCACAACCUCAGCCGCCACGCAGUGGUGCACACGAGAGAGAAGCCGCACGGCUGCAAGUGGUGCGAGAGACGCUUCACGCAGUCCGGGGAUUUGUACAGACACAUCCGCAAAUUUCAUUGUGGCCUUGUAAAGUCGCUGGUGGUUUGAGGGAAGUUGUUGCCGUUUCAAAAGACACCCGUCUGAUCUUCAUGCCGGUUCGCUUUGGGCAAAUGAUACGGGGAAGGAGGGUGGAUGGAAAAUAAUGUAGGUCUACAUUUCAUUGCCGGGGGGGGGGGGAGGCAACCUUUGUCCCACCUCUCCCACCCUGGCCCUCCGUAGUCCAGGAGCGGCGGCAACGACACUUAACGUUCUGUUGCUGUUUUUCUGUGUAAAGCAGGUAAAAUGAAUUUUAGUCUGUAGAUAGCUUAAUCCAAAAUCCUUUGGAUAGAAGCUGAUUUAAUCCAGUUGAUUGGCCUAAUUGGUCUGUGCCAGGUGGGUUGUUCUGUUGCUACAGGUAUGUUUUGCCCUGCUGGUUUUGAAGGUGCGCUGUUGCACCCUCUGCAAGUUUAAAAGGAAUUGGAGAGAGAUGUGAACCUUGAUCCCAAACGGCAGUUUAGGUAGGACAGACUGUACUGCCUAUAUAGGAGCUGCCUCCCCCCCCAAAAAAAUUAUCAUUCAUCUCUCUGUCACAGGUGCAUCAAGUAGGCAGUUUUGGAACACAGUGGCCUGAGUUUCUCUCCCACUCUGGAUGUAACUUUUUCGAUUCAACCUUUUAAAUACGCUCCAGACAGAUAGAACUUCAGGCAGUGUGAAAGUGAUAGCUGGGACAAAGAUUUGUGCCUCAUGGGGACUAAUCUGGAAUAAUAACAACAACAAUUUUAUUACUUAUUUGCUACCCAUCUGGCUGGGUAGCUGCAGCCACUCUGGAUAGCUCCCAACACACUAAAAACACAGCUAAACAACAUUGGAAAUCAGUGUAGCACCAUCCUGCAAAUUCUCUUGACUAUUGGCAGCAAAAGUGUUCUGAAUUUGGAAACUUAAGCUCUCACCUUGCUGCUCUUCUCCAUUUUUGGUGGGUGGGUGGAUUGCAAUUCUAGUGAAUGGUGCUGAAAUAUUUCAACCUGUGGGGCGUCAUCUCUCAGGCCUGGUUCACAAAUGACCCCAGCGUGGAGUGGGUGUGUCCUAUGGCUAGGUGGUCGGGGGGGGGGGAAGGAUUUGGAGCUCUUGUGCCUUUAAUAGUUGCAUGCCUCUGGAAUUCCCCCUUCUACCCAACUAUUAAGGUGCAGGAGACCCUCUCCUCCUUUGCAUCUUGUUAUCCCUGUCUGUCGCUCACCUUGUGCAGAACUGUUGAAUGUAAACCUGGCCUCCAUGCAGAGAAGCCAUUUUUGUGCUACAAAAAAGGAACAGGCAGGUGUUUGGCUGGGGGCUGCCUGCAAAGGCCUCGAUUCAUGAAGUUUUGAUGUGCCGUGGGAGAAAAUACUUAGUGAGGUGCAGACAUCGUAACUGUGUCACCUCAGUAAAAACCGCUUCCCUCUAUUAAUAAGAGAGCUCCAGUUUUUGCUUCUAACAAAAGCCGCUUUCUUGCAAGUAAAUGCCCUCCUGGAGCAAGAUCAGGCCCUGGGAAACAGGAUGUUGUUCCCCUUCCUGGGUGCCCAUUGGUCAGAGGCACCAGUCCACCAAAAGAUUCCAUCCUCUCCAUUGCUUGGUGAAUAGCAGACAUGGUUUGUGUAAGGGAGAAAGAAGGAGAGAUGAAUAGCCAAGGUGCUAUUGAGCUUUCCCCAUUCUCUGAUGGUGGCAUCUUCUGGUGAAAGUAGGUAGGGAUACCUGAAUCUCCACCCAUUUCUGCUUGCAGUUGCACCUGCCUUCCCUUGGGGCCUAAGUUGGGGGUGCCACCUGUGAGCCAUGCCUCCCCAUGUAGCUGCCUCAUACACCUGUGGUUUCUUCUGCAGCUGUUGGCACAUCCUUGGCCAACCUGGCACCCUCCGGAUGUUUUGGCCUGCAGUUCCCACCGGCCCCAGACAGGAGUGGUGGUCCAAAACCUUGGGGUGUGUUCGCCAGUUUAGCCAAGAGUGUAUUAUGAGCCGGUACCAUUUAACUCCUGCCACGAAGGAUGAAUUAGCAGUUGCUAAUGUUUAGCCCAUUAUGGUUAAAGGCAUAGGAACAGAACCGGUUAUUCUGUUUUUAAUUAUUAUUAUUAUUAUUAUUUUCGUGGCUCACUUGCCCCUUUUUCAGUUUUGAGCAAGCAAGCUAAGCUGGUGAAUGUUCUGCCCUGCACACUUGUUUGCGUGCGUGCAAAUGCUCCUGUUGAAUGCACAGGGGCAUGUAUAUUUGUUCUUGCGUUCUCUCUCUCUCUCUCUCACACACUUUCUCUCUCUCGCUACUUUCUCCCUUUCUCUUAGCAUGGGGGGGGGAGUUUGGCUCCUUUAAGAGCAUCUGCAAGUCAGAAAUGGGACACUAAUCAGGAAACAGAGUGCCGCUUUUUAUUUCUUGGUUUUCUUUUCAUCCCUCCACCCCGCGCCCUUGAACUCACCGGGCCUCGCUUGACCCUUGUAGAGAACACAUCUGGUCGGAACAGCUGGUGGGGGGAAGCCUGGGGAGAAAGGGUGGGCUCAAAUGGGGCCCAGAGGAAGUUUGAAUCGGGGGAUCGGAAUAAGGGAAGGUGCCAUCACUAUAUCAUUUCUUCAAGGGGGGGGGACGCUAUUUAAGGGUGGUUGGUUUUUCCCCCCUUUUGCAGUGUGCAGGCAGUUUGAAGGACCUUUUCUUGAAUUCAGCAUUUCAAAACUACUACCCGGUAGGAUGUCUGCCGUGCUCUGGAGAAGUCUUUUUGUGUGAUGCCCGUUCUUGUUCCAUAGAGUUGGAAAUGGCUUACACUAAAUUAAGGAUUUACACUAUGUUAAAAGGUUUUAAAUCUCCCCAAUGUUUUUCCUCCAAUGCUUUUUGUUUUGCUCUUGGUGAUAUUAACUAUUUGUCUCAGUAGGGUCAGAUUUUAGCCAAGUUCCACUUGGCCAUUCACAUGGUUCACUCCAGACAAGCAAAGCUUUGUCACAUUGUUUUGGGAGUGUGGGUUCGUUUUUUCUUUAGUUAAGAGAGAUUGAAACGCUGUAGAGUUAGAACAAAUCUGGGGUGUUAUUUCAACAAAUUUCUGCCUAAUUCCAGAAUGUCUUUGCAGUCAAGUCAUUACAUAUCAGGUUAUGCCUUCUUAAAUCCAUUCAAUGUAUAUUUUUUUGCAUACGCGAAACUUAAAAAAGAAAAGAAAAAAGAUUGCACUUGAAUGUAAUUCUGUGGCAUUGGCAUCUAGUGAAUGGGACUGUAGAAGGAUUGCCAAUUCAAAUUUACGGAUGUUUUCGGAUUCUCUUAAAGUGAAAACCAUCUCAUUCGGAAUUUUCAUGGGUUUUCUUUUAAUAUUAUGGAAGCACUGAAAUAAUUUGCCCUAAAGGGCAUGUUAUGUUAUCUCGCAGAAUGAGACAACAUAGUCCUGCAUUUCUAAUGACUGGGAUACCACCACCCCUGCCCAGAGGGGACAUGACGUCAUGGGAGGGGAUGAGGUGCUCAGCCCAAAGCCUUCUUUGAUUUUUGCCACAAAAGUUCUCACUACUGAAGAGGCAACCCUCUGAGAUUUAAAAAAGAGGCUUGCCUCUUCAACUACCAGAACAAAUGCAUGUGUGGCUUUCGUUCUCCUGUACACAUGUCUUCCCUGUUGGUUCCUAUCCAAUGUAUUUAGGAAGUCAUGCUAUGAAGGAGCAAUAUUAAUAUCAUUAUAGAAACACUAUUUGAGGUAGUGUGGUGGUGGAAUUGUGAGGGAAGCAACUGCUUUUUCUUCAGAUAAGAACUGACGGGUUGCAGUUCCUUUCCUAUUCCUCUCUUAAAUUACGAGUGCACAUAUAAUGUGAAUUUUUACUUCUAUUUAUAGAACGUCUAAAUGGAAUUCAUUUGUUACUGUACAAAGGUUCUUGCUAACGUAUGUGAGGCAUGUCAGAGCAGUACAUGCCUGAGAUAUGUGACUAUGGUACUGUGGUUUUACUUCAUGUCCGUCUCCCCCCCCCCCCAAAAAAAAACCCACCUUGGAUUGGAAAUAGCACUGAACAAAACUUUCAAAAAUUAAGUUAUUUCUUUUCUGUUUUAAACUUUUAAGUUAUAUAAAUAUAUUUUUUUUCCUCCUGAUGAUACUUGAUACGGUAUUUAUUAGAUUUUUUUUAAUGGAAUGCUUACUUUGAGCUUUUUCUUUUCUUUUCCAGAAUAACAGGCUUGAAAACUCUGUGUAAAUUUAAUUUUAUUUCUUUACAUGUUUAAGAAGCGAGAACGUGUGAAUCGGUGCAUAGAAUGUAGGGCUGUUCAUUUCCUCAUCCCAGUGAGAAUUCCAGCAUGCACAUGGGAUCUUUGUUAACUGCAAUAGCCAGCCUGCUGCUCUUGCAAAGGUUUUGGAUUAGUUGCAGUCCUAAACACCUGCCGACAGAGGUGAAAUGCUGCUUCCAAGUGGAUCUCCACCUCCUGUUGUAAUGAACAGGGACAGUGAAUGUGCCUAGGUCUCUGGAUCGGGGUACUUGUUCGUUUCCUCCUCCUCCUGGUAUUUUUGUAGAAGGAUUUUAAUUUUUAAUUUUUUUUAGAAGUGCCAUAUGACACCAUUGGAUUCGGCUGGUGUAUUAGAGGGUUGAAAUGAGUUUGCAUCUAGGAAUCUUGAACUUUUUAGCAAGGGCUGCAGCGGGGAGGGGACGAAGGUGACAGGUGUGCCCACCUUAAAUGAAUUGUUGAAGCAUUGUCUUUUUGAUUGUUCUCUCUCCCAACUUUUCUGGGUUGGUGUUUUGUUUUUUAAAAAAGAAGUUUGCACUUUUGAGAUUACUUCUGUUUGUUCUUUGGGUUGUUUUUUUAAGGUUGCAAUAGUUCUGAGCAUGUUUGUUUGUUUGAAAAAAGGUUCCUUACUCUACAGGAAAGUACUAAAACCUUGCACAUUGAGGUGUCUUCAUUAUUAUGCAGCAACUGUUCUGCCUUGCAAAGAGCAUGAUUGGAAAGUCCUUUUUGACUCCCAUUCUCGGUUUUGAUUUCACCCCGAGUCAGGAUUUUACCUUGAUAAACUGCUUUACUUAAACAAAACACUGGAUUUGUCUUAUGCUCCAAACCGAUACUGUGAAAAAAAAAGUUUUGGAAGAAGAAGGAAAAGAGAGAAAGAUAAAUCAGUUAUUUUUAAUUGCUUUUAAUUUUGAUGCAGUUCAGAGUCAAAUAUGUAUAUUUAAAGACACUAAUUUUUUGUGGGAGAGUUUUUUAUAGUAUACAGUAUGUAGAAAAGCUAUUGGAAUGAGCUAUAUUUUAUAUAUAAAAAAAGUUCUUUCACUGUUUUAUAGUGAACUAUUUCCCCUACCCUACGCCCAGUGUUAGGUCUAUGCUGUGUUUAGCUUAGGUUGACAAUCGCAUAUAUAUAUAUACAAAAAAAGGCGUUGACAGUUUUCCCUUCAUGUUUAGUUUCCGUGUGGAGUUUUUCUCUCAACUUUUUGUUUUGUUUCGUUGCAAUUGUGUGUUGAUAUGUGCUGUUUUAAGAAAAGGAAAAAAAAAGAAACUGUGACAAUCGUGAUUAGAACUGCUGUCUUUAUUAAAUAAAACAUGUUAGAGUUACAAAAGAAAUCCUUGUUCUAAAAAUUCACGGCGAAGAAGAAAUUAUGUUGGAAGGCACUUGGGAUUUUAAGAAGAACUGAGAUGGCUCAGUCGGUAGAGCAUGAGACUCUCUUAAUUGCAGGGUUGUGGGUUCGAGUCCCACGUUGGGCAAAAGAUCCCUGCACAGCAGGGGGUUGAACUAGAUGACCCUCAUGGUACCUUCCAACUCUGAUUCUAAGAAGCUAGAUUCACCUGUAGCUCCCUGAAUGGUUACCUUUAUGAUACAUGUGAUUGCAAAAUUGCCCCCCUCCUCAUUCUCGAUGCAUGCUAAAGAGAUGGGUGAAGCGAUGCCUUUUAUCUUGUUCCUGUUUGCAAACAAAACACACCUUGAACCUUUUGAGUCUGCCUUAUUCCUCCAUUAAAAAAAAAAUUCACAGUGGUGGUGCCGUUGGUAUGAAAUCCAUCCUGAGUCACAUCUGGGGUUGUAAUAACCAUUUGAAGGCCAAUGGGCUUUUGUGUCUAAUGGCAAACUUUCCCUCUGUUUACCUGUCUGAUUCAAUAGAACGAUGCCCUAGAUUCCCCCCCCCCCAAUUUUUUGGCAAACGAAAUUCCAUCCAAAGUUACAUAGCUUCAGUUUUGUUACCUUCAAUGAGUGAUUUAAUACUUUGGUUACUUUCCUCAGGGCCAGAAGUUUUCACAAUAAUAAAAUUAAUAUGUAAAGUAAAAUAGAAACAGUUCAUAAAAACCAAUUACAGUGGUACCUCGACCUACGAACGACUCGACAACCGAAUUUUUUGACUUACGAAUGGGGCAAAUGGCCGCACGCUUAUGAAUUUCUCGACAUCUGAACGGAAACCGCGGCGGUUUUAGAUAGGGUUUUUUCGACUUACGAAUUUUUAGAUGGGGUUGCUUUGACUUGCGUUUUUCCCCGUUUCCAAUGCAUUCUUAUGGGAAAUCGCGUUUCCAAUGGCACUUUUCGACUUACAAAUUUUUCGACCUAUGAAGGUGCCUUCGGAACGGAUUAAAUCUGUAAGUCAAGGCACCACUGUAUAGUUUUAAAGCAAGU